CUGAGAGGAUACUCUUGGCUCUAAUCAAGGUAGCAGCUAAACGGGCUCAGCUCUAACUAAAUCUAAGAAUGUACGUCUAAUACGUAACACCAUAGACUGCGUAACACUAGUUGGCUUCGUGGAGCGUCGGGGAAAGAUGGCUGAGUCGUGGAACCGAGGACAUGGCAGUGUUGAUGAUAUGUUGGAUGCAGAGAAUAAGCUUCUGGCGGAAAACCUGGCGACCAAAGUCUCCAGGCUAAAAUCGCUUGCUUACGACAUUGACAAAGACGCAGAAGAGCAGAACAGCUACCUGGAUGGCAUGGACUCCAAUUUCCUGAGUGCCACUGGUCUGUUAACAGGAAGUGUGAAGAGAUUCUCUACCAUGGUGCGCUCUGGCAGGGACAACCGCAAGCUCCUGUGUUACGUCUCAGUGGGGCUGGUGCUGGUCUUCUUCCUCCUGUACUAUUUGGUGUCCAGGGUCCAGAACUGAUCGCACAGCUUUUCUGGGUGGGAAGACUGACCUGUAUCUCAGUUUUAUGAGAAGUAACCCCUCAUUCCAGUGGGUACCUGUUUACAUUUCUGUGAAAAAUGUUUUGUGGGUAUACCUACCCUUUUUUUAGGGAGAAAACGGGAAGGGAGUAUUGCACGCUGAAGUAAGACAAUUUGUCUCACUGCCACCAGUGUCUGUAGAGGGAUGUCUGAUGUGUACUACGUGUGUGUGUGUGGGGGGGGGUCAGAAUGAUGUAUUAUUUAGUUAUUUGCACCUAUUUAAAUAGUUAUUUGGGCAAACUAAAUACUUGCUAAUCAUAGUAAUGAUGAUGGUGGUGGUUUGUUUCAAUUAAUUACAAAUCAAAUUCCUCUCUGACUUCAUUAUGAGAUCAGAUACGUGUUGUCCUCUGAUUUCAAACAUUUGAACUAAAAAUGUUUGUAUUUGUAUUUGUCACACAAACAGUUAAGAUGUUGUCUUUUAUUUUGGUCUGUACAGAAUGGUCAUUUUUAAUAUCCAAAGAAAAGUAUGAGAAGUUUUAUUAGAUUCUCAUUAUGAUUAUUUUUCAUUUCUUUGAAUUUCCCCUGGGGAUCAAUAAAGUAUCUAUCUAUCUUA